UAUGUUUAGAGAUAUUGUUGAGGGUCGGAGAAGAUACUCUUCUCCUGUUUCUCAACGUAAAAAAAAGAAUUUAGAAAAUUUGGGUGAAAAAGAGCUAUUUAUGGAAUUAAUUCGUGAAAUUGCAAACGAAUUGGAUGUAAAUGCUCUAUGCCAUAAAAUCCUCAUCAAUGUUGGAAUAUUAACAAAAAGUGAUAGAGGCAGCUUAUUUCUUGUUAGAGGAUCAAGAAUGAAACGUUAUUUGGUCAGUAAAUUAUUUGAUGUAACAGCUGAUUCCUGUUUAGAAGAUGUAGUACAUACUGAUAACUCUGAAAUAACUGUUCCAUUUGGAGUUGGUAUCGCUGGAACUGUUGCUGAAACCAAACAUCCAAUCAAUAUCAAAGACGCAUACGAGGUAUGA